CACAUGUAUGUGAAGUGGGCUCCCUGUUGAAAGAAACAUUUAUAUCUAUUUUAAAACAUUUCACUUUUAAAGUAUUCAUUAGAAGUUUAUUCCAGUCUAGUAAAGCUAUAUACAACAGCAACAACAACAAAAACACACAGCGGAUGUUUAGAUUCAACUAUAUUUAUUUAGAAACACAUGUUACAUAGAUCUAUAACGUUUCCGUCUCUAUUUGGGUGGAUAGAGACACAUGCGGCCUUUAGCUUAUUAGAGAACUGCAUUUUUAAAAGUCAGCUGAUUUCUAUAAUAGUUAAACGAUUGGGCUAUGAUGAUCCGUCAAGGAAGAUGGUACGUCUGAAAUCUUAACGUAUUUUUGUAUUGACAUAUUCUCAUAGAUGUUACCCCACCAGUGUUCAAGAGUAAUUGUCCUUCAGAUAUUCGCGCAAGCAUCAAUGUAAAUUCUACAGCAUUGGUUAAUUGGACGGAGCCUGUCGCUCUGGACAACGACGAUCUGCCACCACAAGUUACAGUUGUUCCGGCAGGGAUCAGCCCACCACACGUCUUCAAUAAAACUACUCUUGUUGUUUACACUGCAAGAGAUGCAAGUGGGAACAAGAAAGAGUGUUCGUUUAAAGUAGUUUUGGAAGAUAAUUUAGGCCCUCAGGUUGUAUAUUGCCCCGCAGACCAGAAAAUUACUGCUACGAAGAUGACAACAACAGUUACGUGGAACGAACCUCAGUUUAAAGACAACAGCAAUAGUCCAUUGGUGAUAACAUGCAGUCAUCAAAGUGGGACUGAGUUUUACUGGGGGACAUGGAAUGUGCAUUGCACAGCUUACGAUGAUAAUCCAGAUAACGACCCAGCUGUUUGCCAGUUUACUAUAACGGUUAAACCGACGAAGUGCAGUGACCUGCCUCCUCCCAAAGGGGGCGCAAAGGCUUGUGACGAUUGGAUGUUUGGAACGUUCUGUUCACCUUUUUGCAGCAACAAAUCGGACUUUGCCCAACCUUUACCUGCGACUAUGUGGGUUUGCGGAGCAAGAGGAACUUGGAUGCCAACCAAUCGUUUUCCAGACUGUACAAAGGUAUACCGCCCCAACAAUGUCAGGAUGGCAAUGGAUUUGCACUACUACUAUGGUGACUGUAAUACGCCAGAAGCCCAGGCUCAAAUAAAACAGAACUUUAUCCAACUGUUAAACGAGUCUUUCUUCAAAGAGGUCUGCCAAGAUCCAGCACUCAAGGACAAGUGCAAGGCAAAAAAUGUGAAAGUAACGUGUGCUGCGGUUGAUUUUGUUAUCAGUAGGAGAAGGCGUUCAGCAGGUAUGGCAACAUUACACAAAGCUCUCAUUAUUUUAAGAAACAAGAAACAUCCUCGUUGUUUCAAUUGGAUGGAAUAAUGUAAUAUUCUACCGUAGGUAUUAUUAUUCAUGACAUGGUAAUGAGUCAUGGGGAAUCGAUCUGGCCUGGUGAAAACCCAAGACUAGGCGAAAAUGGAAGCGAACAGCUAGAUCAAGUCCGACUUACUCCGUGGGUACUGGGAGGCUCAUAAUAGAUUAAGAAUAAAAAUCAGCGAUAAUAAUUUCGAAUGGUGCACGGGUCAUCGAAACGUCAUUCGAAAAUGUUAUCGCUGAUUUUUAUUCUUAAUUGUUUGCUCAAAGCCUCUGUUAUUAGGAUUUGCAUAAUCCCUAGGCUAUCAAGUUUUUGCAUAGUGGAAAUAUGCAAAAAGGAACACGAACGGCAUGUGCUUUUUCGAGUUCUUCCAAACUUUCAAGAAUGUUUGCAUUACUCGAACUUACAAAGAGAAAAUUUUUGUCUAGUUUCUUAAGAGAACACUGCGGAAAAGAAGAUGUACAUUCUCUUUGCUUGCUUCAACAUUACGUGAACGGCUUGGACUACAGAACUGUUGUUCUACUAAGUCCGAGAAGUGCAGCUAUAAGUGCACGCUU